AUGAAGGACGGCAGGCUCACCAGCGUGAUCUCGACAGCCCUCCAGGGCGUGUCUUUCUUACUGCUCCUGCUCAUCCCCGUCUUCUCGAUCCACUCGGACCCAAACCACCUCUCGGCGCUGCAGUUCGCGACCAUUGACGCCUCCAAGACGCGCGCGAGCCCUGCCGGCGUCGAGCUGGUCGGCCUGCCCGACGUCUUCGACUACCAGCGCCACAAGCAGGUGUUCCAGCUCUACCUGCUCAACUACUGCAGCGGCAGCUACGUCGCCGACGGCAGGCUGGUCAUUGACUUUUGCUCCAAGAAUGGCCAGGAGAUCUGGGACAUGAUGAGCGUGUGGAGCCUCUGGGGCGUGCAGCUGCGUCCCGAGCUCGCCGGCAAGGAGGCCUUUGAGUGGGUGAAAAGGGGGCCCAAAUGGCUCUGGAUCCUGUACCUGGCUGGCAUUGCUGCGUUGGGCGUGAGCCUUCUGGCCCGGAUCCUGAGGCUGCAUCGGAUCCCGCUGGUGAGGAGGCUCUCGGCCGUAUUGGCUGUGAUCGCCGCCGCUGCCACCGUUGCAGUCGCCGUUGCUGCCCAAGUGACAUACGGCUCUCUUGUCGCCAAGGCCGACGACGACGAGAUUUCCAUCACGGCGCAGAUGGGCCUGGCCGUGUACGUUCUCAACUGGGUGGCCGCCGGCUGUGCCCUUGCCGCCUGCGUCUUGCGCUUCGUCGCGGACCGGCAGGCUGGCAGCGGCGACAAGUCUGGCAGAAGCAGCCGUGGCUUUGUCCGCAUCCUGCCCGACGAGGCCGAUACCGAGUACAAGUACAGCGAGGGCACAGGCAAGGGCAAGGAGAAGACCGUGUCGGGCCUUGGGGGCAAUGUGUCACGGGACGUGUCGCGAGACGCGUCCAAGGAGAAUCUCACUAUUUUGGGACGCGGCAAUGGCGAUCGCAAAUAUGAGCCGUAUCGCUCUGCCAAGGUGUAGAUCGCCGACCUGG